AGUGGUUUUAGUGAUGAAGUUCUAGGCCGUGCUGAUGCAUUGAGACCUGAUGCAUCGUGCGCGUCUGUAACUUCACCAUGAACCACAUGAUAGCUUGGCUAGUCUUUCUGGUUCUCUUCGUUUCUGCCCGAACGGUUAAAACUCAUGAUCAGCCCAAGCUUCAACAGGGCCACUGCGCGGAUAACAGUGAGAACUCCGGCGAUCUGAUUUUUACGGUACCGGAUAUAAAAAACAAAACACGUUUGGCAGAAAAGAAGAAUAAAAGCCGAGUCUGCCUGCCUGUCCCUUGCGCCGACGUCGAAGCGUACUCCGGAUUCAUCAAAGUUGACAAAAACAGCAACUCCUCUUUAUUUUUUCUGCACAUCAAAUCACAGGGUGAUGCCGAUAAAAAGCCCCUCCUUUUGUGGCUCCAAGGUGGUCCCGGGAAAUCUUCUCUUUUUGGACAGUUUCUUGAGAAUGGACCCCUCGGCAUAGACGCUAACGGGAAAACUUUUUACAGGAACCAUACAAUCGCAGAGUAUAUGAAUUUAAUUUAUUUAGAUCAGCCGAGUGGUUCGGGAUACAGCUUCAACAACGGCAGAAAUUAUACGACUACGCUCGACGAUGCGUCCACUCACAUCAUACGGUUCCUGCGGCGAUUUCUUAGAAUAUUUCCGGAGUACGUCAGAAGAGACUUUUACAUCGCUGGAGAGUCAUAUGGAGCAAGGUUCACAGUGGCGUUGGCGAGCGAAAUUUUGAAGAAUAAUACCUUGGUCCCCCUAAAUUUAAGAGGAGUGAUGCUAGGCGUCGGAUUCUUGUUUCCUGUUCUCGACUUGAUCGACUCCACUGAUUAUCUUUUUUCUUCGGGACUACUUGACCAUAAUGGCCGAGCGACUUUUGCUAACCAGCUCAAGAAUAUUAAGGAACUUGUACAAAGACACAAGUAUGCCGAGGCUGCUAUUUUGCUCAGCCGCACUGUUAUGAACUUCAGCGGUGCAAAAAAUGAAACAUUAUUUCAAAGACUUACUGGCUUUAAGCACCAAGGUAGUAUCGCAAAGGCUGAAAGGAAUGAAGAGAUAGCUGCGUAUUUCAGCUACGCGAACAGUACUGAUUUCAAGAAAGUAAUACAUGUAGAUUCUUCUAGGGUACUCGAUGGCACGAGGUAUUAUGUGGUGAUGGCUCUAGCUCUAAACGAUCUGUUCAAGGACCACCGGAAUUUAGUGGAGUAUGUUUUGGAUAGAACGCGUGUUCUCUUUUACACGGGGCAGUUUGAUGCUGUUUUUCCAGAAAUGAAUAUAGAAAGGUGUUUCAAAGAACUGAAGUGGCGUGGAGCCGCGAUGUUCCGCCAAGCGGUACGUGUGUUUUGGCACCGAGAAAACAACAGCUCACUCGAACUCUUCGGGUACGAGAGAAUCGCUGGUGCAAUAAGGUACGCAAACGUGCUCUUCGGGGGCCACUACAUUUCUAUGGAUCGCUCGUUAGCUGUCAGCGAUUUGUAUCGUCGCUUUCUCACUUCUCACGAUCAGCUUACAACAACAACCGAAAUGACUGCAUGCUGAAAGGCACUCAGAAACACCAGCAAAAACUGUGUUGAAUUUAAAAUUUUAUCACUCACGAAUUCUGCCUUCGCUGAAAACUCUUUUUCUCUCAUGAAUUUCCCUGCACACUAUUAUCUGUUAUUGUAGGGCUGCUCCACCAUCUCGUCAAUGCGCAGAGAAACUAUAUCAGCCUUUCCUGUAAAGUUUGACAAUGUUAUCGGCGCGUGCAAGACUGAAAUCAUGUGCAAUGUUAUAGAAUCGCCGCCGUUGUUCGGAACUUGCGCAUUGAUCUCGGAAUUUAUGUGCAAUUCAGAUCAAUCAUUGUAAAUGUAAAAUUGCUGCCAUACGCUAAACAGUGAUAAACACCAGAAUGAUAAUUAGAACUUUAGCAACUGAAAACGAAGCAUUAUUUAUUCGGCUGCUGCUGCUUUCUAGUUGUUAUGAGUAUUCAUGAGGAAUAAAAAUAUUUCUGCAUGGUUUAUGAAAUAAAGGAUCUGAAAUAAAAUUUUCAGUAAACUCGA